AUGGCUGCGGAGGAGGUGCUGCAGGGCGCAGACCACUACAAGAGCGAGAUCGAACGGCUGACCCGGGAGCUCUCCGAGACGACCCACGAGAAGAUCCAGGCGGCGGAGUAUGGGCUGGUGGUGCUGGAGGAGAAGCUCACCCUCAAGCAGCAGUACGAUGAGCUGGAGGCGGAGUAUGACGGCCUCAAGCAGGAGCUGGAGCAGCUGAAGGAGGCGUUUGGCCAGUCCUUCUCCGUGCACCGCAAAGUGGCCGAAGAUGGCGAAACGCGGGAAGAGACUCUUCUCCAGGAGUCUGCAUCAAAGGAAGCCUACUACCUGGGCAAGAUUUUGGAGAUGCAGAACGAGCUCAAGCAGAGCAGGGCUGUGGUCACCAAUGUUCAGGCAGAGAAUGAGAGGCUCACUGCUAUUGUCCAAGACUUGAAAGAGAAUAACGAGAUGGUGGAGCUGCAGAGGAUACGGAUGAAAGAUGAGAUUCGAGAGUACAAGUUCCGAGAGGCGAGGCUGCUGCAGGACUACACUGAGCUGGAGGAGGAAAACAUCACUUUACAGAAACUGGUGUCCACACUGAAGCAGAAUCAAGUUGAAUACGAAGGCUUAAAGCAUGAGAUUAAACGAUUUGAGGAGGAGACAGUGUUGCUUAAUAGCCAGCUAGAAGAUGCCAUCCGGCUGAAGGAGAUUGCUGAGCAUCAGCUGGAGGAAGCUCUGGAAACUUUAAAAAAUGAAAGAGAGCAAAAGAACAAUCUGAGAAAGGAACUGUCCCAGUAUAUCAACCUCAAUGAUAGUAUGUACAAUAACCAUAUUAAUAUAUCAGUAGAUGGGUUGAAGUUUUCAGAGGAUGGGGGUGAGCCCAACAAUGACGACAAAAUGAACGGACACAUCCACGGGCCUCUGGUGAAACUCAACGGUGACUACAGAACUCCCACGAGUAGGAAAGGAGAGUCUCUGCACCCCGUCUCUGACCUCUUCAGUGAGCUCAACAUAUCAGAGAUACAGAAACUGAAGCAGCAGCUCAUGCAGGUGGAGAGGGAGAAGGCCAUUCUCCUGGCCAACCUCCAGGAGUCUCAGACGCAGCUGGAGCACACCAAGGGAGCCCUGACAGAGCAGCACGAGCGCGUGCACAGGCUCACGGAGCACGUCAACGCCAUGAGGGGCCUGCAGAGCAACAAGGAGCUGAAGGUUGAGCUUGACUGUGAGAAGGGCCGAGAUUCCGGCGAGGAGGCGCACGACUACGAAGUGGACAUCAAUGGCUUGGAGAUCCUGGAAUGUAAAUACAAAGUAGCUGUUACUGAGGUGAUAGACCUUAAAGCAGAAAUCAAAGCCUUAAAGGAGAAAUAUAAUAAGUAUGUGGAAAACUACACUGAAGAGAAGGCCAAGUAUGAGAGCAGAAUCCAGACGUAUGACGAGCAGGUGACAAGCCUGGAGAAGUCGACCAAGGAAAGCCAGGAAAAAAUGGUCCACAUGGAGAAGGAGUUACAAAGGAUGACAAGCAUAGCAAAUGAAAACCACAAUACCCUUAACACUGCCCAGGAUGAGCUGGUGACAUUUAGUGAGGAGCUGGCUCAGCUCUACCACCACGUCUGCCUGUGCAACAACGAGACGCCCAACAGGGUCAUGUUGGACUAUUACAGGCAGAGCAGGGUGACCCGCAGCGGGAGCCUGAAGGGGCCCGAUGACCCUCGAGGUCUCCUUUCCCCACGCCUUGCCAGGCGGGGGGUGGCAUCGCCCGUCGAAGCCAGGACCCCGACCGAGCAGGUGACGAAAGAGGCCGCGGAGCCCGGCAAGGAGCAGAGCCCCACAAAAACACCUUCCAUUUCUCCUGUCAUCACAGCCCCUCCUUCCUCCCCCGUGUCUGACACCAGUGACAUCCGCAAGGAGCCUAUGAACAUCUACAACCUCAAUGCCAUAAUAAGGGACCAAAUCAAGCACUUGCAGAAGGCUGUGGACCGGUCGCUGCAGCUGUCGCGCCAGCGGGCCGCGGCCCGCGAGCUGGCGCCCAUGAUCGACAAGGACAAGGAGGCCUUAAUGGAGGAGAUCCUGAAGCUCAAGUCACUCCUGAGUACAAAGCGAGAGCAGAUCGCGACCUUGAGGGCGGUGCUGAAAGCCAACAAGCAGACAGCUGAAGUGGCACUGGCCAACUUGAAGAACAAAUAUGAAAAUGAAAAAGCAAUGGUGACUGAGACCAUGACCAAGCUACGGAAUGAACUCAAGGCUCUGAAAGAAGAUGCAGCAACCUUCUCAUCCUUGAGAGCAAUGUUUGCAACCAGGUGUGAUGAGUACGUCACACAGCUGGAUGAGAUGCAGAGGCAGCUGGCGGCUGCAGAGGAUGAGAAGAAGACCCUGAACUCUCUGCUGCGCAUGGCUAUCCAGCAAAAGCUUGCCCUGACCCAGCGACUGGAGGAUUUAGAGUUCGACCACGAGCAGUCGCGGCGCAGCAAAGGCAAGCUGGGAAAGAGCAAGAUCGGCAGCCCUAAAGUAAGUGAGGAGGCAUCAGCCACCGUGCCAAGCAUAGACACUUUCCUCCUGCAUAGUCAGGGCCCACAGCAACCAAACUUACUGGUCAGCAGUGGCACUCAGAGGAAAAGACUAUUCUCACCUUCCCUUUGUGAUCAGAGCCAUCCCAGGACUUCAGGGACCUACCUCCAGAAAUUAUUAAGAGCCCCCCCUCAUCCCGCCUCCACAGAAUCAUAUCUUCUGAGGGGCCCCCCUUCCAUGAGUGAAUUCAUCCAUGGGCACCGUCUCAGCAAGGAAAAAAGGUUAACCGUGGCCAUACCAGUCCUAAUGCUCUUCCAGAAGAGCAGCCACAUUCCAGCUCUCAGUGUGCCCCUCUCAGCUGUCUCUCUAAGCCUCCUCCUUACCCCUAAUCUUCAUAUGCAACGUAAGAGAAAAUGCAAACAGAGUGGAGCUCAUGCAACAAAGGUUGGGAUUGUUCCCAACAAGUGGGUGGACAAUCCUGCCUUGUUGCUGCAUUGGCAAGUCUGGAUUCAUAUCCCCUGCUCUGGCAACUGAGGGAAGGUUGAGAAGAAGAACACAAAGCACAGAGCCCAAC